AUGCAGGUACACAAAAUUAGGGCAGGUUAUAUUCGUAUUACAAACACUAGCGUUACCAAGAUAAUAACGGCUGUACUGUCGAAUUGGAAUCAUACUUGGACGUUUUCACGUUGCAAUCGUUUACAUCAUGGAUUACUGCGGCGACCUACAAUGAUCGCCUCCGCACCAAUAAUAGUUAAGAGAUUUAAAUCUAAUGAUAAAAUCAAAAAUUUAAUAACUGUUGGAGCAAUAUUAGAGGAAGCCCUACAGACCAAGCAGAAAGAUAGCUUCCAUCAGGCUAUUGACAAGUUUAACGCUAGGGAUCGCCAACGCCGUGGUCAUGUUGACUUUAUUUAUUCAGCAUUAAGUUUAAUUGAUAAAUUUGAAUUGGAACAAGAUAUUGAAACUUAUAAUAAACUUCUAGACGUUUUUCCAAAAGAUCGUUUUGUCAAUCGUAGCUGGUUAGAUGUUGUAUGGCCUAAACCGCAUCCACAAAUUGACUGUGCUUUGGAUGUGUUAACAAAGAUGGAGGAAGAAGGUAUUCUGCCCAACGAAGAUACAUAUCGUAUAUUAUACGACGUUUUCGGUAGAAAAAGUUUCCCAUUGCAGAAAGCGCAACGAAUUGAGUAUUGGUUUACCCGAUUCAAAGACAUAAAUCCGUAUAAACUGCCUUCCCCAGUGCCUACUGAUCCAAUAGAAUUAGGAAGCAUUGCUUUGCAAAGAAUUGCUGGCUCAGAUGGAGUCAUUACCAUAUACGAGCAUGACAAAAAAAAUGGUGAAGAUAAAUUUCUCCUCGCAAUUCAAAGUCCUAAUCAAAAGCAAUUUUUAACCAAUUAUGACACUUCCAAGCCAUUACUUGUUGAGGGCCCUUUUAGGGUAUGGCUAAGCAAAUACCCCCAGUAUUAUUACGUACUUAGAGCCCAUGCUAGCGUUCAAAUUGGUGAAGAAAAAAAUGAAGAGGGUCUAGUUGUAGGUACUUGUAUGCUUCGUGGAAACAAUAUGUCUAUGUUGAAUCUAUGGAUAGAUAGGCUAAGAAAAGAAAUAUCACAAUUGUCGAAUGUGGAAAUAAUCUUUGAUAUUAAUCAUAGCCAAUCAGUACCUAUUACUGCUGAAGAUAAUGCAAUUGAGAUCGAACGCUAA